UAUGACUCGGCAGACUCGUGCGUAGUGUUUCGUCACCAUUUACCAGCUUUGUGUAGAUAGACGUCUGCACAUUUCCCUGUUACUGAUUGUAAUGCGAAUGGCUGCUGACCAGUGUCCGGAAGACCCUUGGGAAACGCAACUGAAGCCAAUAAAGCUUGAUGUGGCGAAGUUGUUGUGCCCGAGUCGGCACCAUCUUCCAACCUUACUAUUCAGUGCUAAUCUUAUUACAGAGGACGAAGAGGAACGGUUUAACAAGCUUAAGUCAACUGAGACGGAUACGAACAUUGCCCUAGGCAUUCUAGACGUUCUCUCAAAACAAGGUCCCACAUCGUUUGAUAGAUUUUGUCAGGUACUUCUAAAGACGAAAGACGACACAUUGGCUGGUGUGGAGAAGCGUCUUCGCCCAUAUCUUUACACCAGCCAACGACAAACUGCUGCAGAGGUUGCAGGACCUAAACAUCCGGAUCAAACCCAAGGUUCAACUCACAAUUUCAAGCGGAAGAUCACCGAGAAGGAGAUGUACAAGGUAGCAGGAGUCGCCGGACGCAAGUGGCGUGCUAUUGGUUUGGGUCUGCGGGUGAAGAUGGCGGAACUGGAUGAUAUUGAGCAUGAGCGCAAGAACCUAACGGAAUAUCUGUAUGAGGUUCUCAAGAUAUGGUAUCAACGGGAAGAAAAUCCCACUGUUGAAGAGCUGCUGAAGGUUUGUAAAGAAAAUGACGUCGAGGGAGCGGUUAAGACUGCUUUGCUGAAAUCUUAAUCAAACUGAGCCUAUAGCUCUAGCAGCUUGUGUUGACGUAGACGUCGAAUAGCCUUGAGAUUGACGCCAUACGUAUAGAACGUGGCAGUCUUUUUAGCGGUUUUGGUAUUAUUUUUGUUGUUUGUAUCCUUUCUGUAAUAGCUGAGCAGCGGAGUACGUUGUCGUCUCUAGAGAUAUACAGUACAUAUU